AUGGUAAUUAAUACAAGGAUUCAUGAAAACAUAAAAAAAAGGAAAUAUCCUAGUGCAUACAUAUUUUCACCUAAAAAAGGGAUUGAAAGUGAAAGACCUAUAACGGGAUUGGAUUUUGCUUCAUUAUAUCCCAAUAUUAUCAUGGCAUAUAACCACUUUUCAGAAAAAUUUAUAUUUGAUCUAAAGGAUGCUGAUAUUGCGCAAAAUAAUAGAAAUAACUUGCAUAAGAUUGAGUUUUCGUUUAAUAAUCAUAUCGUCCAAGCUUGUGAUAAAAGGAUACCAGAAAGGUUAAAUUUAGAAUAUUCAUCUGUAUGCUUUGAUUAUGAUUAUUGGGAUUCAAAGUAUAAAGCUUUAAAGGUAUAUAUGAACACUUUUUAUGGGAAAGUAGAAAACUCACUAUCUCUAAUCUUUCUUCACAAAUUAGCUUAUGGAACUACUAUGACAGAAAAAUACAACCUUAAUCUGGUAUUAUGGAAAUGUGAUAAAGCCUUCUUCAGAGAAGAACUUUUCAAAGAAGCGUACUGGACUGAAAUAGUCAAAAUUACUAUGGAUGUGAUGAGAAAGGAUAUGAGACCUAAAAAAGAAAAUCUCUGCAACAAUCGCUUUAUGAAACGUAUAAGAGAGAGAAAUGAGAGGAUUCCUAAUCCUGAUGAACAAUUUAGCUAUAUCAUUGUGAAGGGUCCCUAUCUUCAUGAUGAGAAAGGUAGGUUAAUACCAUAUAGAGUUGGGGAUAAUAUGGAGUAUCUAUCGAAUAUAGCAAAAAAGCAAAACAUGGAAAUAGAUAUCAAUUAUUAUUUAAGUAUUAUGGUUGCAAUGUAG